AUGAUGACGGUAGUUCUGAAGGUGUCUGAGUAUUAGAAUCCUUAGGUCAAAGUUCUGUGGGACACUAAGGGACCUGUGACAGAGAGCUCCACUCAGGGUAAGAAAUGUAGUGCACAAAUGGUCAGUCUUAUGGAGAGCUCUUGUCAGCACUUUCAGAACUUCCGCUAUCAUGAAGCAGGUGGACCCCGUGAGGCUCUUGGCCAACUUCAAGAAUUAUCUAGGCCAGAGUUCUGCUCAAAAGAGCAGAUCUUGGUACUGCUGGUACUAGAGCAGUUCUUGACCAUUCUGCCCAGGAAUGCUGAAUCUUGGAUGAAGAAGCACCACCUACGGAGCAUUGAAGAGGCUCUAGCCUUGGUAGACCACUUGCAGAGUAAAUCUGCUCAAAUGAGGAAUGGGGUUGCAGUCCGUGUGCUGGGAAAGGAGGCAGUGCUAUUCGGAGAAACAGCAGAGACCCCAGACUUCAAACUGAAGCCAGCGGCAGUCCAGCCAGUGGGCAGGUCCCAGGGUGAAGAUCUGCAACAAGAGCUGAGCAGGAAUACUCAUAAAGAAACUGAGCCUGUGUGUGAGAGGGCUGUGCCUGUUCACCAGAUCCAAGACUUUCCUGAGCAGACAAACACCAAAGAUUGGACAGUGGCACCUGAGCUCUUCUUGCCUGAGUCACAGAGCAUGUUGACAUUUGAAGAAGUGGCCGUGUAUUUUUCCCAGGAAGAAUGGGCAUUACUGGAUCCCAGUCAGAAGGCUCUCUACGGUGAUGUCAUGCAGGAAAACUAUGAGACUGUUAUCUCUUUAGCCAUGUUUGUGCACCCCAAACCUAAAGUGAUCUUUCUAGAGCAAGGGAAAGAGUCACGGGUUCAAGGAUCCACAGAGUUCAUGGACAGUCCUGGAGUGCUACCCAAAGGAUUAAAGCUCAAAAAUGACACUGAAAAUCAUCAAAAUCAUCAAUCUGUAUGCCUUCCUGACUUAGAAAUGCAAACACCAGGAGACAUAGUUUCAAAAGUGGACAGAGUGAAAAUUCCCCAGAAAUCAACAAUCAAAGAGAAUCAUGGUGAUAUGCACAGGGUGGGGAAAUGGCACCAAGAUUUUUCAGUAAAGGAAAGAGAGAAACUUUCAGCCUGGAGACAAGAGCUGGUGAAACUUAUGGAUCGUCACAAGAAAGAACGUGCAGGAGAGAAGUUUUUUAAAUGCCAGGAGUGCAGGAAAAGCUUCAGAGUUAGCGCUGACCUUAUUAAGCACCAAAGAAUUCACACUGAAGAGAAACCAUAUAAAUGCCAACAGUGUGAUAAGAGGUUUAGAUGGAGUUCAGAUCUUAAUAAGCACUUCACAUCACACCAAGGAUUAAAACCAUAUAAAUGCUCAUGGUGUGGGAAGAGCUUUGGUCAAACUUCAAAUCUCCACACACACCAAAGAACUCACACUGGAGAGAAGCCCUUUACAUGUUAUGAAUGUGGAAAAAAGUUCAGUCAGAACUCCCACCUUAUUAAACACCGGAGAACCCACUUUGUCUCAUGGGCUUCAAGUCCAGCCCCAGUUGUGGACCUCAUAACUUUUCUUCGCUCUGUAGCAGUGAGUAUCUCGGGUCUCUGUGUGCUUACUCUGAUUCGGCCCAGAGAUGGCUUUCAGAUCAUGAAUGGGAAACUGCAAGUGAGUCGGCUGCAGGUGGGCGCGGGGUGCAGGGCUGUCAGCCACACUACCUUUCCAGGGGCCAGCCCAGGCUUGCACUUGGCCAAGGAGUUGAGGAGUACGGGAGUGCGGGAGCUUCGCCAAGCCCGGGGCCCGAGCCUGGCGCUUUCUGAGGCUGGAGCAGCCGGGCCUUCGUAUCCUCUGGAACGAGCAGUCACCGUGCCUCCAACUACCCUGCUCGAGAGAUCCCUUAGGCUUGAGCUGCUUACAAAGAGAGAGAGAGAGAGAGGCUGUCUCCUGAGCCCCAAAAUGGCAGCUAAGAUGGAGAUAACUUUGAGCUCUCAGUCUCACAUUCAGGCUUCUUCAAAGCAAGAGAGACACAUCAUAACAAAGCUAGAAGAGAAACGGGGGCCAGCUCUGCAAAAAGACAGCCCCGAUCCUGAGGUCUCCCGCCAGAGCUUUAGACGGUUUUGUUAUCAAGAGGUGUCUGGACCCCAAGAAGCACUAUCCCGUCUCCGACAGCUCUGCUGGCAGUGGCUGCAGCCUGAAGUGCACACCAAGGAGCAGAUUUUGGAGCUACUGGUGCUGGAGCAGUUUCUGAACAUCCUGCCCCCAGAGAUCCAGGCUCGGGUCAGGCAUCGAUGUCCAAGGAGCAGCAAGGAGAUGGUGACUCUGGUGGAGGAUUUUCACAGAGCAGCCAAGAGACCAAAGCAGUGGGUGGCCGUUUGCAUGCAGGGGCAGAAGGUGCUCUUGGAGAAAACUGGAUCUCAGCUUGGAGAACAGGAACUGCCAGACUUUCAAUUGCAGACUCCUAGGAGAUAUCCUAGGGAGAGUUGUCUGGAGGAGCCUUCCCAGGCAGGAUCUCAGGACGAGUUUAGCCCCUGUCAUUGGGAAAAAUCCCCAUUCCUUCUGGAACCACCCACCAAACUGUCUGGGACAGAGGCCCCCAGAAUGAAAAGUGAGAACAAGGAGAAUCCACAACAGGAGGGAGCUAAAGGAGCAAAGCCAUGUGCAGUGUCACCCAGCAGAUCCAAAGGAAAUGGUCUGCAGAGUCCUGAACCAAGAGGGGCAAAUAUGAGUGAAUCCCGGUUGUCACGGAGGCAAGUCAGUCCCCCAAAUGCUCAAAAGCCAUUCACUCACUUCCAGAGACAUUGCAGGGAACUGGAAUACAUCAACAGCCUAAAAAGCCAUCCACUGAGAGAGCUGAAGAAAAGCAAAGGAAGUAAAAGAAGCCUGAGUAAUCGUUUACAGCGUCUUAGUCACCAGCCAACCCAUUCAGUGAAGAAACCUUACAAAUGUGAUGACUGUGGGAAAAGCUUCACAUGGAAUUCGGAGCUGAAAAGACACAAGCGAGUCCACACAGGAGAAAGACCCUACACAUGUGGAGAGUGUGGAAACUGCUUCGGGCGACAAUCAACUCUGAAACUGCACCAGCGGAUCCACACUGGAGAGAAGCCAUACCAGUGUGGCCAGUGUGGGAAAAGCUUUCGCCAGAGCUCAAACCUUCACCAACAUCACAGACUUCACCAUGGGGACUGAAAGCAGAGCUUUGGUCUUUCUGUUCAAAAGGAAGGUAUUUGUGUUUCUCCUUCACCUUACUUACAUAUCCAGUAAAUCACAGACUGUUGGUGUGACUUACAAGGAAAGCAAGAGGUCCCUAAAGAAUGAUGGUGUACAUUUCACUGGUGAGGAACCCCAGAAGAAGCCACUGGGGAUGGGACCAUGCACAGUUGAGGGUGAAGAAAUGGCAGGUCUGAGUAUUAGUUGAAAGAGAACUGGGGCUUCUGCUGGAGAGCAGGAUGUAACUACUGAGGGAGAAUCAGGAUGAUCCUGCAGGUGCCCCUACCCCAUGUUAAAUCUUUCCCACACUGCUUUAUUUAUCUUCAAAGGUAUAUCCUAUAUAUAGUUAUGCAUUUACUGUUAUAUCAGACAAUCUUUAUCAUGCAUAUGCUUCCUAAUAAAGAUGGGUGAUCCACAAGAAUUUCAAGGCAAAAGCUCAUUGAAAUAUAAAUUCCUUAGUAUUCUUUCUGUAAUU